AUGGAUGGCCUGAAGUUGCUUUGUGCGACGUAUUCGCUGUACAUUGGAGUCGCAGAAACAGAAGCAAUCCUUCUAUCUCCCGUGCGUAAACGAAUUGCUGACACUUUUGCUAGAGCUUUAUCGUUUGCAGCAAGAGCUUAUGACGAUGAUGGAAGGAGCAUUGCUGCUUUACCAACUGUGCAGCAUGUGUAUCUUCUUCUGAACAAAGAAUAA